GGCCGCAGCAGACAACAGGGUACAUGAGGGUGACAGGCUGGCACCAGGCGCCGCGGGGGUUACAAGGCCUAUGCCGGGCACCGGGAGCUCAGCGUGGCAGCAGGAACGCGUCUCAGAGCUAGGGUUACCCGCGACCCCAGCGCCGGAAGGGUUGAACGGGUGUGGCCAAGUGACGGCUGACAGUCUGCACAUGCGCAGUCCGGUUCCCCGCACACCGCCGCUGCUGCCUCCGCUCUCAGUGUGUGUGGACGGGCGGCGGGUGUUAGGGGGUAUCUGUUGGCGCCCGCAGGAGUCACCCUCCCCGGACACCUCUCCCUGGUCUCCUCUCUGGCCGGGAUCACCGGAGUGCCGCCUGUGUUCCAUGGGAUAAUAAUGACAGCCCGGCCGCCACUACAGUGCUGCUCCCGCUACUAGAUGGCUCUGGUUACCGUGCAGCGAUCCCCCACCCCCAGCACGACCUCCAGCCCCUGCGUGUCGAACUCACAAUUGGAAGAAAGUGAAACUGACGUAUUCUGCUGCCAAUGUGAAGAUGCAGAGCUCUUAAAUGGUACCAAUGAGGCAGACAGUGGAGAGGAAGAGUGCCGGUCACAGCCUAGAAGUAUCAGUGAAAGUUUCCUGACAGUGAAAGGUGCUGCUUUAUUCCUUCCGAGGGGCAAUGGAUCGUCUACUCCGAGAAUCAGCCACAGGCGCAACAAACAUGCAGGGGACCUUCAGCAACACCUCCAGGCUAUGUUUACACUUCUCCGCCCUGAGGACACCAUCCGCUUGGCUGUGAAAUUGGAAAGCACCUAUCAGAAUCGUACACGUUACAUGGUUGUCGUCUCAACCAACGGAAGGCAGGACACAGAGGAGAGCCUUGUGCUGGGCAUAGACUUUCCAUAUAAUGACAGCAGUUCAUGUACCAUGGGCCUUGUUCUACCCCUGUGGAGUGACACCCUUAUCCACUUGGAUGGGGAUGGAGGGUUCAGCGUGUCAACUGAUAACAGGGUUCAUAUAUUCAAGCCUGUGUCGGUUCAAGCCAUGUGGUCUGCACUGCAAAGCUUGCACAAAGCCUGUGAGAUAGCACGUGCCAACAACUACUACCCAGGCAGCCUUUUUUUAACAUGGGUUAGUUAUUAUGAGAGUCACAUUAACUCAGACCAGACAUCGGUCAAUGAAUGGAAUGCUAUGCAGGAUGUGCAGUCACACCGCUCCGAUUCACCUGUGCUCUUCACCGAUGUCCCAACAGAGCGAGAGCGCACAGAGCGUUUGAUUAAAAUUAAAUUAAGAGAAAUCAUGAUGCAAAGGGACCUGGAAAACAUCACAUCCAAAGAGAUCCGGACAGAGCUGGAAAUGCAGAUGGUGUGCAACCUGAGGGAGUUUAAAGAGUUUAUUGACAAUGAGAUGAUUGUCAUUUUGGGUCAGAUGGAUAGCCCCACUGAAAUCUUCGACCACGUCUACCUGGGGUCAGAGUGGAACGCCUCUAAUCUGGAAGAUUUACAGAACCGAGGGGUCCGAUACAUUUUGAACGUCACACGAGAAAUCGAUAACUUCUUCCCUGGUGUCUUUGAAUAUCACAAUAUCAGAGUAUAUGAUGAAGAAGGCACUGACCUGCUGGCUUAUUGGAACGAUACUUACAAAUUCAUCUCGAAGGCAAAGAAGCAUGGCGCUAAAUGUCUUGUGCACUGUAAAAUGGGAGUCAGCCGCUCCGCAUCCACUGUGAUUGCUUAUGCUAUGAAGGAAUACGGCUGGAACCUGGAUAGAGCAUUUGACUAUGUGAAGGAGAGGCGCACAGUUACCAAACCCAAUCCUAGUUUCAUGAAGCAACUGGAGGAAUAUCAGGGCAUCCUGCUAGCUAGCAAGCAGCGGCACAACAAACUCUGGCGUUCUCACUCUGACAGUGACUUGUCAGACCACCAUGAGCCCAUUGGGAAAACAGGCAUGGACAUAAGCAAAAAGGACAUUACAUCUUCAGCAGAGCAGCUCUCCGAUAUACAUCAUUCCUUUACACUUGGACCGCAAACUGAGAACUGCAACCCCGGUUGCCCCAUCAGCAGCUCCUUGUGCAACGCAAGGUUUACAGCCUGUGACUUUCACACUGGACAGAUAGAGGACAUUCUAAACCUCAACACAAUGAAUGGUUGUCCAGCACGAUGCUGCUCCGAGUCUUCAGUGUUCCUGGACAAUUGUAGAACCGACCGGUUCACUGGAGACUUCUCUUCACAUUCUGAAAUGUUUACCCAUCGAGCUGAGCUACCUGACCUGACGCUGGAAGACAUGGAGAAGGAUGCACUGAAGCACGAUGAUAACUGCCAUCUCCUGCCAUUAGGGGAGCUUGAGCCUCAUAUAGGUGAUCUCCCAGAAUCUCCCGACCAGACCUCUUUUGCAUCCCAAUCUGAAGAUAUGAGCGGUGAUCGGAUUGAUUUCCUAAGUGCACUGGAAAAAUUUGUGGAAUUAUCUCAGGAGAAUCGACCACGGAUCUGCUCUGCUACCCGAACAGAUGAGCAAGUAAGCAACAUUAGGAAUGGUGCCUUGAAAGGUUCUUGGCCAGAGACUGGUAUCUCUGAGAGUGCAAUGGACAAAUCAGUGAGUGCCGAUGUUGGUACACCACAGGCCUCUGAAGACUCAUCUACUGACGAGGAGCAGCCAAAGGAGGUCUCUGAACAAGUUGUUCAAGGUCAUCUCCCGAAAUCGCACUCUGAAAAUGCAAUAUCUGUGAAAGAGAUCAUAACAGAGAUUGAGUCUUUCAACCAGGGAGCAUGCCAGUGCCAACAGAAGACAGACAAUCUGUCUAGCCAAGUACAAGCACCAAAGAGAAAUAUAAUCCAUGAUAUGUCAACUGAAUCUGCUUGGGAGCCAGAGAAUGACUGUAGGGAACAGAGCGAUGGCAGCACAGCACUGCCACAUGACAAAAUUAAAGAUCAAGCAUGCCGUGAGGGUAAGCAAAGUUCUCAGGAUGAUUGUGAGAACUCAAGUGAAACAAACGAGCAUCAGGAACUUUCAGGCCAGGCUCCCAAAUGGUCCGCUGGGUCUGUCCGAAGAGCCACAAUGGAAUUUGAGGAACGCUUGAGACAAGAGCAGGAACAGCAACAUAUUACAGCUGUGCCAACACGGAAGAAUUCAAAAAACGAGACUGCAGGUUGUGAUUCUGCUUCAAGAUGUAGGGUUGAAGACUCUUUGCUUGAUGCCGCAGAUCUUGAAAGGGAUAAAAAGGUCAGAAUAAAGGUUAUAGGGUUGGAGGCUGCAGAGUCUACAGAUUCUCAGUCAUCUCUGCUGUCUGAGACGCAACUUGUGCCGGUAAAGCAUGACUCCAAUCAUUUAGAUCUUGCUGUUAAACUUAAGCCAUCAGGAAAAGAGCAUCGAACCAUUCUUCUUUCCGAAUCCUUGGAGAGGAAAAAUGAUCCCUUACAGUUUCCAAAGAGAAUAGAAGUUUUAGAACCUAACCUUGGACUUAAAUCUUAUGACGACAAUGACAAUGACAUUUCCCCCCAUGAGGCUGAAAGAAAUAGUGAGGAGAUAGUUGUAGAAUCAGACACUUGUCAUGACCUACUUUCAGAAACACCGUUAGCAGAUGCCUCUAUAAGUUCAUCCUAUAGUUCCUCUACACAUAUUGAAACCCUACCACUGCUUAGUCCCUUGAAAUUGGGGUCACCGGAUGUAUCCUUUAUAAUUGGCAGCCCACAGGAGGAGUAUAGUCCUGCAACAGACUUUAAGGAUCUUAAUUUCUCAAGUCCUAAUUAUUUGUGUCACCCAUGCUCCAUUGUUAUAGAAGGUGCCACUGAAGAAUGCACCAAUACUGAUGAGGAUACAGGCAUCCUAUCAAAUUGUAGAGACACUUUCCAAAGUGACCUCAUUGUGGGACUUGAUGACUUAAUGCAAAGGGAAACAGAUAGUGCCUUGUCCCAGUUGAGCCAUGAAGAUCUUAACUUAAUCAAUAAACUUACUGAGAAUAUACGGGAAUUACGUGAAGUUUUGGAUAUUUCAUCCUUCUCUUUUGGCCUUCCCCAUAGUUCGAGUAGUGACAGCAUUAAAGACUUUGGUAGCAGCCCUGGUGUGGUCAAGCAAAGAGCUAAGGAAAUAGAAGCACGGAUUCGGCAAGCUGGUCUCACCACUCCGUCCCAGAUGAAACGUUCUGCAUCUUUGGCCAAAUUAGGCUGUCUAGAACUUUCUAAAGAUGAUUUGUCAGAGAGGGAAUCUGUAUCGUCUGACAACAACCAAACUUACCCUGACCUGCUUCAGAGCUCUCUCCGGAUUGUGCCAGGAAACUAUGAAUCAGAUUUACAGAUAAAAUCAGAUGAUCCGCCGGAGAAGCUUUGCAUCCUUUCUGUAGAUGCCUCCUCCGGACUGGAACCCACAAAACAUUCUUUGGAACAAAUUAAGACAGCAGAGUGCAUAGUAAAGAGCAAGCCGGUCGAAAAGCCUCUUGUGCAGUAUGCCAAAGAGUUUGGUUCAACUCAGCAGGGUUUACUUCUAAGUACUGAGACUGAAUUGACUGUCUCCCAAGAGCACCUUCACCCAUCAGUGGUACUAAAUUCCUCUGUCCCACUGGUAACAGUCUCCCCCAGGUAUGAACAUGGUAGAACUCAUCCUUUGAGAAGACUUAAAAAGACCAAUGAGAAGAAAAGGACAACCAAUCCACUAUACAACACCAUGUAGUCCUGGAACAUUUUAUUGUUUGUUUUCUCAUUCAUCUAAAGGGGCAGGUGUAAUAUGUGAGGAACGUGCACUUUAUUGGUUAAUUUUAUAUAUUUUGACAUAUUGUUUUACUGUUCCUGAUGCAUGUAUAGUAUGGGCUUCCCUUACUCCUUCCCUCUGUAAAUAACUCCUGACUGCGCACAUGUAAGUCAGUGUAAAAAUAUAAAUAUAUUUGUGUUUUGUUUUUGUUUUUUUUAACUCUGAAACCUCAAAUGUUUUUGUUUUAAGAGAUCUUUAGUAAAUGCAGGUUACUGUGCCUGUUGCCCGACUGAUAAGUCUAUCAAUGCUGUAAGAAGCAGACACAAUUUCAGAUGCUGCUUUAACACAUAAAUCAAUGCUCUGUCUGAGGGAAGGUUACUUCCCGAACUUUACAGAACUUCUAUGUUCUAGAAUAGCCAGAGGUUGCUUGUCAGUUUGCUGGUGUUGCUAUGUUCUGAAGUUGCCAUCUCUCUCUCUGUUGCACAUAUUGCUUAACACAAAUCUUAAAUUAUUUUAGUCUUCAUAUGUUUUUCAUUUUGUUAAGAAAUGUUACUUUCUAUCCCUUCAUUCUAUACCCAUUGCCUUCUUGGGUUAACAGCUAAAUGAUGCUAUUGGCAAGGAGUCCAGAAAGCCAUGUAGCUGUAGACUUUGUACUAUUACUAUAAAUGUUACUAAAUGAGCAAGAUGUUUUGUGGCAACCCUAGAUGUUGACAUAACAGGUGAUCUUAUAACACUGCUGCAGUCUUCUUGUUAAACAGCCAUGAUGCCCCCUUUCUUCCAUUCCCUACAGUAGAUGAAGCAUCUGCCGGGUAUCCUUCAAUUUGUGAAGCGGGAGAAUGCCAUCACCUGCCUGGUAGAACAUAGUCAUUUUUAAAAGAAAGUCUUAAUAAUAAAAAAAAAAAAACUUCUACUACCUUUCAUGUAUUAUUACUCAAGGCUUUGACCAGUAAAAUGGGAGAAAACAUGAGUAAGGAGAACAUCAAAUGUACUUUAGAAUGUGCUCUUGUUGGUUGGUCUACUUUGUGGGGAUUAACCCAUCAUUACUUGAAUACUGCUGUGAACCUUUAGUUUAUGGCCAUAUUUGUUUUGCCUUUCACCCUUUUUUUUAAAUUUUUUUUAUUAUGAUACUUCAAUACUGACCCACUCUUUUCUGCUGUACUUAUUCACACACCGUAAAUCUAGUGUUUCUCAGUGCUGCCUAUCUGUCGAAACGACCUGUAAAUGUUACAUAGUGCGUGUGUUUUUAGUAAUCGAUGCAAAGCUAUAAUGUGUCUGUUUGGCCUUCCUGGAACUGUGUCCAUUUUAAAGUUAGCGUGUGAGAAACAUUUAAAUGAAUACAGUAUAUUAUACAUUUGUUUGUGUAUGUGUGCGAUAGAUAUACACAUACGUAUGUAUAAUAUAUAUGUUCUAUAUUAAACUUUUACUGACGUUUGGGGUUUUUAAUAGCAGAAUUUGCUGCAAACUGGAAUACUCCGAGGUAAUGAUAUUUUAAUGUUGAUCACGUUCUUGUUUUAGCAGUUUAUUUUCUUUUUAAUUUGCUGCUAUGUCUGUUUUACAAAGACAUCUUUAAAGAUAAACUGAACUCAAAAUGCCUUCUAGUUAUGUAUGUGUGCAUGUCUAUAUGUAUGUGUGUAUACAGCAUGUAUAGAUGUGUCAGUGUGUGUGUAUGUAUAAUGUGUGUAAGUAUGUAUAUGUGUGUGUAUGUAUAUGUGUAUAUAUAUAUAUAUAUAUACACACACACACACGCAUACACGCGCGUGAUAUUGAAGGGCAGUGCAAGGUGUCUUUCAUUCUAGACUUGCAUUUUAGGUUCAGCUGCUCUUUAAUUGUCUUCUGGAACCUGCCAACCAGGUCUGGUCUCUGAAAAUAAACACCUGUUCCGUCCCAGAUCCAAAUUCAAGACAAGCCACACUGAGUUCUUUGCUAGCAGAGCCCUACACAUUCCAACCAAAUGUGUGACUCAUUUACUCUGGCCUUAAGCAAACUGGCACUCCAUCUGUUGUUGAACUAGACCCUUCAGUAGGUGGUGUAGGAGGCUGGAAAACAUAUUCCCUCAAGAGAUCAGGGCCUACCUUGAAGUUACACAAUAAUAUUGUAUACAUCGCUGUUAAAUGUGCCUGCCAAGUUCUUUGGAAAUGCAGAAUGAAACUCCAUCAGGAUUAUGUGAUCAGGUUUAAUAUAUUUGACCUUUUUUAUUUAUGUUUUUAUUUUGAAUUUGUGGUUAACAUUUCCAACUCUGUAGACGGAGCAUCCGAUGCACAAAUGGGGAUGAGUCGUAUAAAAGAAACAUUUGUUUUCUCAAAGUUCUGGGUUUGUGAUUUCAUUGGAUGUCUCGUCUUGUCCGUGUAACCUGGUCUGGCCUCUAUUGAGAAAUGUAUCCACAGAGAGACUCCUAAUAGCAGCUCACUCUUGACAAGUGUUUUGUCUUUGUUUUUUAUUUGUAAAAUGUAAAACACAAUAAGUUGGGUUUUUUUAAGGGCAUUUUUGUAUAAACGCUGUUCCUUGGUCUUUUACAAAAAAUACUGUGGUUGAGGAAAUUUUAUUGUUUACAUUGUGAAUAUUAAACCUGAAUAAACAAAAAUAUCCAUUA